AUGAGCUCCUCCUCUCCACAAUCAUACCAAGCAAACUUUUUGCAAUUGGCACUCAACUGUCAAGCAUUGAAAUUUGGAAAAUUCACCUUGAAAUCAGGUCGUGAAUCACCAUAUUUCUUCAACUUGGGUUUGUUCAACACCGGUGCAUUGUUAUCAAACUUGGCAACUUCCUACGCUCAGGCCAUUGUUGCUAGUGGGAUUGAAUUUGACAUCUUGUUUGGCCCAGCAUACAAAGGUAUCCCCUUGGCAGCAAUCACAGUUGCAAAAUUGGCUGAAUUGGCACCAGAGAAAUACGGCAAUAUCGGAUACUCAUUCAACAGAAAAGAAAAGAAAGACCACGGCGAAGGUGGAUCAAUUGUUGGAUGUCCCUUGCAAAACAAGAGAAUCUUGAUCAUCGAUGACGUGAUUACAGCAGGCACUGCGAUCAACGAGGCAUUUGAAAUUAUUGCUCAAGAAAAGGGUGAAUGUGUCGGAUGCAUUAUUGCCUUAGACAGACAAGAAACUACAGUUCAGGACCCAACCAAAUCGGCUACAAAGGCCGUAAGCGAAAGGUACGGCAUUCCAGUAUUGGCCAUUGUCAACUUGAAAGAAGUGGUCUCCAUUUUGAGUGGGAAAAUCAAAGAUGAAGAUUUGAAAUCAAUUGAAAACUAUAGAAGUCAAUACGGUGCCUGA